AUUUGUACCUUACACCUUACCGCCCUCUCGGGGCUCGGUUCUGUCACUCCGGCGUCGCUUUCUUUGCGCUCCUCUCCGAACCCUAGCUUUUUCUUUGAUCGCUCGCCGACUACUGCCGCCGCAGAACGCGAGAGAUGGAUUUGGCGUUAAAUCGUCCGGCGGCGGAGAGGAGACUAGGCAACAAGGUUUGCCGGCCGACCUCCGUUAGGUGGUUCAAGGAAUGGGUUCCGCAGGAUUUGGUUGCUACUGGAGGAAAAUGCUACCUUUUCAAGUGGGUUACGGAGGACAUAGUGAAAGCGUUAAACGAGAACCCCAGAGAAACCGAGGAAGAAAGGAAGCCUGAACCGGCUACGGAAGUUCUAUUCCUGUGUAGCUAUGAAGGUUGUGGAAGAACCUUCAUAGAUGCAGGGACUCUGAAAAAGCAUGCUCACGUUCAUGGAGAGAAGCAACAUGUUUGCCAAAUUGAAGGCUGUGGAAAGAAAUUUUUAGACAGUUCAAAGUUAAAGAGGCAUUAUCUUAUUCAUACAGGGGAGAGGGAUUUCAUAUGCCCUCGUGAAGGUUGUGGUAAGGCCUUCUCAUUGGAUUUUAACUUAAGAGCACAUAUGAAAACACAUUUAGUGGAGAACUAUCAUGUUUGUCCCAACCUAGAAUGUGGAAAGCGAUAUAUAAACGAAGGCAAGCUAAGAACCCACAUGAAAAUGCAUAAUGACAAGUAUGGUAUGAUCGAGACACUGAAACACACGCCGAUAGUUGAGAAGCCGCUUCCUACUUUCAAGGCAACUGCAUCUGGAUACGGUUCUGCUUCUGCUCUGCGACCUUUUACCUGCCCGUAUGAAGGUUGCGACAAAGCUUACAUCCAUGAGUAUAAACUGAACCUCCAUUUCAAAAGGGAGCAUCCUGGCCAUAAUUCUGAAGAAAAUGGUAAACUUGCAACUGCUGCUGAGCAUGCCAUGGAGGAAGUCAGUGAUCAAGAAACUUAUCUCCUGAGAAGCAGUCUUGGCAAGAAUGCUAAACGAAGAAAGCCCUAUCCAACUUCACAGCCGUCUCCUGCGAAAUAUGGGAAAACACCAAACUUGGCUCCUACACCUAGACAUUCUGUCAAGAAGCAAUGGCCGAGCAAAGAUGUGCAGGAGGAAGACAGUGAGGAGACUGAAGAAGAUGGGGACAAUGUUGAUGGGGAUGGAUGGAGAUACCCAGAGACUGAAGGUGAGGAAUGAGAGUGAGUUCCUUUCACAUAGCAUUUCCAAGCAUGAAAUAUCAUGGUUGCUUAAUUUACUGCUACCAAUCAAGUUCCCUUCAUCAAUACAAUAUCACUAAUAUACAUUGUGACUUGUUGCUGUUUUCACCAAAUCUCAAUACACUUAUUAUGAUUC